AUGCAUUUUCGUAGGAGAAUUUUGCAACCUCGCUUGUUACCUCCAUUAUCUCAAGUUCUAUUCAUUCAACCUUCAAGAUCUUAUGCAAGCUCUACUUUUCUUCUUUCACCUUUUCUACCUUUUUCACGACCUUCUCCCAAACAUUAUAUAAAAAUCUUUAUUGCAUCUGGUUUUUUAUUGAGUACUUCACUUAUCUUAUAUGAAAAUAGUGAAAACAGACGUAUUGACAAAGCUGUGCGAAAAGGUACUCUACCUGAAUUGGAUAUUUCAAGUGACAAGUAUUAUCCUCGACCUCAAGUUUUAGAACAACUCAAAAAGAUUUUUACACCUCAAAAGAACAGUCGACCUUAUUAUAUUAUCUAUGGUAAACAUGGAAUUGGAAAAUCAACAUCGAUUAAAAUGGCAUUAAAAGAAGUUGGACAAGGUGUUAUUUAUGUUGAUAUUCCCCUUGAUACUAAUGAUUUUGGCAAAAGUUUUGCAAAAGCUAUGAAUAUUACAGUAUCAGAUUUAACUGGUUAUAAUAAGAAUGAACCGUGGAAGGUAGCUCUAAAUGCUUUCGAAAGAGCUGCUAAAGAUUAUAAAGCAAAAUAUGGCAGACCAUUAGUUAUUAUUUACGAUAAUGUUGAUCGAUUAAUUCAUAAAAAUACCCAAAUCCUUGAUAUUCUUCAAAGUAGUGUAACUGAAUGUGAUAUUAAAAAAAAUUAUAUUGCAGUGUUUGUUGGUAGUGAAUAUUUAUUCCCUCAAAGGAUGAGUUCACAUGGUUAUUGGACAGAUCUAGAUUAUUUUGAAAUUGGAGAUCUUACUGAAAAUGAAUCAAUUGAUUAUCUUUCUACUAAAAAAAAUAUUAAAGUAGCAGAAGCAAAUAAAAUAUAUGAAUUAACUGGUGGGUGCAUUGAGGAUUUAGAAAUAGCAGCCGAUGAUUUAAUUUCUGGACAAUCCAUUGAAGAUAUUAAGCAGAGAAUCAAAAUGGAUGUUGAACAUAAAUUCAGAGAUGCAAAACUUUUUCCGAAUGAAAAAUAUUAUGAAACGGGAAGGAAUAUUAUUAAUGCUUUAUUGAAAUCUAAAGAGCUUUGUUUAACAGAAUUAUGGAAAUAUUCCAAUUAUUCAGACAGUGAUAAUGAAAUCUUGAGCAAAAGUAUAUUUGCAUAUCAUCCUGAAACUCAUAAAAUCACACUACAGUCAAAAUCAAUAGAAUACUACAUACGAGAAAAUGCUAAAUAUUAUAUCGAAUAA